AUGUACCUGAGAAAUGGCCAUCAAGCACAAAAUACCACCUCUAGCAGGCACAGCGGGACCGAAGCCGAGCUGGAAAUCCUUAUUCGUCUUCACUACUCAACAGCAUCUACCAGUCCUCGUUACUGGAACAUUGUUCGCUCUCUUAGCGGGCUGUGUGACACCACUUCUCGCUAUAUUACUGGGAAAUAUUUUCGACGCAUUCACAGCAUUUGGAGGGGAGGGACCGGUGCUGAUUAUCUCCGCGACACGGUUACGACAAACUGCAUCGGUGUGCUAGGACUGGCAGCCGCGGGCUGGUUUCUCAACAGUGCAUAUUAUGCCACAUUUGUUGCUUUUGGAGAGCUUCAAGCUUCUAGCAUUCGAACAAGCGUGUUCGUUGAGCUACUGAAACGCGAUGUUGCAUGGUUCGAGUCACAAGAAGAGGGAUCUGGAGCUCUCCUUUCUGGGAUUCAAGCCCAAGUGUAUGACUUACAAACAGCAAUCUCGCAGCCUCUCGGGCUUGUUUUGCAAUAUGCCUGUCGAUCAGUAGCUUCAUUAGUUCUGGGUUUUUAUACAUCCUGGAGUCUUUCGCUUGUCUCGCUUGCUGGGAUCCCUGUUUUCUCAUCCAUCAUCGCCUAUCUCUCGUCGAGAAUGAAAUCAAGCAUCACUAAUCAGCAAGCUGAGCUAACCCAUGCCUCUAAGAUCGCAAGUAACGCUAUCAGCUCCAUCGAAUCUGUCAAAUGUCUGAACGGUCAAGCUUUUGAGCAUCGCAGCUUUUCAAGGUGGAUCGAACAAUCGGCUGUUCAUUAUCUUCGUCAAUGCCGGUUAAAUUCGUUGCAACUCGCCUUUAUCCGAUGGAUGAUGUUCGGAAUGUUCGUUCAAGGCUUCUGGUACGGGAGCUCACUUGCUCGCAACGGCACUUUAUCAUCGGGUGAAGUCCUUAGGACGUUUUGGGCGUGCCUGACUGCAGCUCAAUCCAUUGAAAUGAUUCUUCCGCAGAUGAUCGUCAUGGAAAAAGGGAAGGUUGCAAGCAAAGGUCUUAAGUCCCUUUUGCAGUACUACUCGGAGCAAAAUGUCAAAAGCGAGAUAAAGGAUACCCUGUACCCGCUUCAUUGCGAGGGCGACAUUGAGGUCAACAAUGUGUCAUUUGCCUAUCCCACACAGCCCGACCGAAUCAUCCUACAACCAUCCACCUUCUUCUUCCCAGCGGGAAAGACAACUUUCGUUAUCGGCAAAAGCGGCUCUGGCAAAAGCACACUGAAUGGAAAUUCCAUGCAGACAUUGAAUUCCACCUGGAUCCGAAACAAUGUCACGCUUGUGGAGCAGCGAAGUGUCCUCUUCAAUGAUUCCAUAUUCGAGAAUAUUGCAUUCGGGAGUAGAAAGCACGAGGAUAUUCGCCCAGAAGAUGUGGCGGAGCCAAUUGAGCUGGCUAUGCUCCAGGACACGAUCUAUGGACUACCAAAAGGCAUAGAGACAUGUGUCGGCCCCGGUGGAAGCUUUCUCAGCGGUGGGCAGAGACAAAGAGUGGCCAUCGCAAGAGCUAAAUUGCGUGACACGCCUAUUUUGAUCUUAGACGAGCCCACAAGUGCUCUCGACCACCUCAACCGUGUAGCGGUUAUGAAAGCCAUUCGCAAAUGGCGCAUCGGAAAGACGACUAUCAUCAUUACCCAUGAUAUGUCUCACAUCGUUGACGAGGAUUUUGUUUACAUUCUGGAAGACGGGUUUAUCCUUCAUUCUGGAUUCAGGCAACAAGUCGAGAAACUGCCCGGCAGCGAGCAGUACUUCGGAGUAGCAGCAAAAAGCAACAAAGAGUUCGUUGAGACAGAAAAAAUGAUAGCCAGCAAAGCACUCGAAUGCGACUGGGAUGCCUCGUCGGCCUCGAGCCUGGAGAGUUUGGAGCCUCGUCUGCCCCUGCGUGUUCAUCGAAAUCAACAUGAAACAUGGGCGCGUCACUAUAUUCCUCCCAGCUUCCGCUCCGCCCCGUGGGACAGUCCAACGACUGUAGGGGCUCCGACAGACGAUGAUGCAUCACCUCAAAGGAAGCGCAUAUCGUUCUUUGGGGUACAGAAAGCUUAUGUUUCUCACAAUAAAACCAAUGCAGGUACUGAACUACCAGUAGGAGAAUUUGUGAUGGAUGAUAUUCAUAGCUUCGGCUCGAACACUGAUACAUUGAGCCACUUUCCGAAAUCAAAUCGACUUUCAAGACACACUUUCCGCCAUGCAUCAUGCAAUGUACACCCAUUGAAGCGUCGAAGGGUCAAAAAAGAGGAAAUGACUCUAGUUCAUAUUCUGGGUACCGUCAUGCCAAAUCUGACAUCUCAGGAGCGUAUCAUUCUCUUUCUUGGUAUUGCCUUCUCUCUUCUUCACGCGAGUGCCACUCCGAUAUUCUCAUACUGCAUGUCUGGGCUAUUCACCACAUUCUAUGAUGGAACAAACAGCUCUAAGCUAGCCAUCAAAUGGUCACUAGCUGUACUGGGAGUCUCUCUCGGUGACGGCUUGUCAUCCUUUUUCAUGCACUUCUUCCUGGAGUACUGCGGCGAAGCGUGGAAGAACGCACUCCGAAAACAAGCAUUUGAACGAGUCCUCGAUCAGCCACGAGCAUGGUUUGAACAGGAUGGCAAUAGUGCCCAUCGAAUAAUACCCUGCCUUGACCAGAAUAGCGAAGAUAUGCGCAAUCUUGUGGGUCGAUUUGCUGGGUUUGUGAUUGUAGCUGUUGCAAUCACAGUCAUGGCAGUCAUCUGGAGCCUGGUCGUCUGCUGGAAAUUGACGCUGGUCGCGCUGGCUUGCGGACCUGUGAUCUACAUAAUCACAAGAGGUUUUGAAACCAUCAAUGGUUCAUGGGAACGGCGAUGCAACGAAAUCAAAAACACCGCGACUGAUGUUUUCACAGAGACUUUUUCCGAGAUUCGGACUGUAAGGACACUGACGCUGGAAGGCUACUUCCACCGCAAGCAAGUAAUGGCCAUAUCUCGUUGCUUGAGAAUAGGCUUAAAACGAGCUGCCUACACCGGGUUGAUGUUUGCUCUCAUUUUUUACUACGGUGCGAUUCUGGCAGCGUCCGAGUUCACAGCCAACGAAGUCAUGCAAGUAUUCUCAUUGCUGCUCUUCAGCAUCGGCUAUGCUGCCCAAAUCCUAUCAUGGAUCCCUCAAAUCAACACAUCGCGUGAGAUAGCAAGUCAACUCCUGCGUCUGGCAAAACUACCCAAAGGCUCCCACGAGCAUCAAGGCCAAUUGCGAGUCCUGAAAAACGUGUCCAUCAACAUCGCCGAGAACUCCUGCACUGCUAUUGUAGGCCGAUCGGGAUCCGGCAAGUCAACCAUUGCCUCGUUGCUCCUCUCCCUUUACGAAGCCCCGGUCUCCACAAGUGGUCGUCCCACGGUGACGUUUAGCGGACAAGACAUCCUCCAUCUUCAUGUCCCGACACUACGCUCACAAAUUGCAAUCGUCUCGCAACAGCCGACCAUCUUCCCCGGUACCAUCUUCGCUAAUAUUAGCUAUGGCAUGGAGAAGACCACCUCGCUCUCAAAUGUGUCCAGCAUUCGCGCCGCAGCUCAAGCAGCCGGAAUAGAUGAAUUUCUCAUCUCAUUACCCAAGGGCUACUUUACCGUCAUUGGCGAUGGAGGCAUUGGGCUAUCGGGCGGCCAAAAGCAGCGCGUGGUGAUCGCUCGUGCACUUCUUCGCCAGCCACAAGUCCUCAUCCUGGACGAAGCCACGUCCGGUCUCGACCCUGCUAGCGCAGAAUUGGUACGACAGACCGUCAAGAAUCUCAUCUCCUCGCGUCCUGGUCUCACUGUGAUUAUUAUUACGCACUCAAAGCAGAUGAUUCAGAUUGCGGACCACGUCAUUGUUCUGGAUCGCGGUGUCGUCGUAGAGGAUGGCCCGUACCGUGUCUUGUCGCAAAGGGUUGGGGGCAAGUUACAUGAGUUGAUCACUGAUCCCGGAGAAGGUGAUUCUUAG